CCGCGUUCUCGUUCUCUGCGCAUGUGCCGUUAGAUCCGCGGGGGGAAGAGUGGGAGGAUCGAAGGGAUUAUAUCUCUCGGGAAUGGAGAGGAAGUGCUCUCGUGGUUCCGUUCCGAUGUGACUGCUGGAUGGUGACCUCGGGGAAAGCGUGCAGUACCGUGUGCCGUGCGCGGAGUCUCGCUCGUCAGAUCUCGUUUUCGACUGGGACGUGUGCCGGAGUCGUACGUCCUGGGGAGGAGGACCCGUGCGAGAACGCUCGUCAUCGUCGCGCGCGCGCGCGGAGCGUCAGGAGUCAGCUAGAGGAAGAGACUCGGAGGAGUGACGGAUGAGGUGAUGAGCGGCGCGCGGUGAACGCGCGGGGAAUCUCGGCGGACGGUCAACGAGGAGAGAUCGUUGUUUACGUUCCUUUCCGAGCGUACUCCUCGCGGGAUUGAGCUCCGUAUAUAGCGAGCUAGGAACCACCUUGCUCUCCUUCCGCGUGUCCUUUCCACUCGCGCGGCCCGAGAGCUUGGCGUUACCGUUCGACAAGGGAGGUGCUCCGGAUAUCAUCUGGAAGGAGAGGAGAGAGACCGCUGCUGUCGUCGUCGUCGAAACGCGCCGCGCGAGCGUGUGCCCACCUCCAAGCGAUCUCUCGUGAUCCUCCGGGGGACCCGCGAGAGCGACGAUAACACGCCUCUCCCGACUGUGAAAUGUUUUGCAAACGCCCUGCGAGGGACUGUCCUGCGAGUACUUAAUUCCGAAUCGCGGGCGGAAGGAGGAGGCGGCCUUGGCUGUGAUCGCGAUCUGAUUUCCGCGGAAGCUCCCGCGCGAGACGUCGAAGAUGUGACGCGUCGUUUCGACAGAUUGUUAUACGUUAUUCUUUCUGACGUUUAAAGGAGAAAAAAAAAGAAAAAAAUGACACGCGCAGCGACCGUGGUUUUCGUGUUGAUCUCCAUCAGCGUAUCCGCCUACGAGCAUACCGCCGCGGAUCAGUGCGACUGGUCCGGAAGCGGAGGAGAGAGCGGUGGUGUCCGGCCGGUGUAUCUGCGCUGCGCCCGGGGAACGGUUCUGUGGCGCUAUCCUCAUGACGCUCUGAGAGUGGUCCUCUCCUCGCCGGUCUCGUUCUUCGAGAACAAUUCCCUCAGCUACCUGGGUUUCCGCGCCUGCGUCAAAAUCUCUGGGCCCGUACGGGUCUUCCUCGAGGCGGACGGCAAGCUGCGGCAACUCUACUCCCCGUCCGACGGCAAGCACGAACUUACGCACCGAUGCUUCCGCUCGCAGAAGCGCACGGCCGCGCUCUACAUGGAGGCGGAGGACGAUUACUCCUUCAGGAACGCCAAGGUCAAGCUGCAGUACGACCUGGAGCCGAAUUCGGUGAAGGGGGGCACGCUGCGCGUGCCGGACGAGGAGGAGGAGUGCAGACCGUGCUCCAUGGAGGAACUCGCCAAGGCUUAUUGCCAGAGCGAUCUGGUCGCCAAGGGCACCGUCACUGCCGUCGAGCAGAAUCCCGAGAUGGACACUGCCGAGCUGAUACUUAGGGUCAUCAAGAUCCUGCGCUACGUAGCUCAGGAAGCCGAGGGUAAUGAAAUUGACGCGUCUCUGAAGAAGAGCGUACGCGUGAGAGUACCGAUGGUAUGCGACGCGCGGCACGGCCUCGGCGAAUUUGUGAUAAUGGCCAAACGACGCCUCGGCGACCUCACCCUGGUGUGCGCGCCCAGACUGGAGGCGUGGAUGCAGAUUGUACGCGAAAUGGACAACGCGCCCUGCGUUCUCCACAGUUAGCCGAUUCGGGGCCGAUUUUCUUUGGAAGGAAACGCGAGGAAACGGUACACAAUAGAUACGAGCACAGCUUUCGUGUUGCGAAAUUGAAGUAAAUACCGUGAGAGAACUGCCGGUCCAACUGUUUGUACGAGGAUACCUUGUAUAUAGGGAAACGUCAUUCUUUGUGUACAUACACAUGUCAGAUUGUCGAUCUCCAAACUGUGAUAUUACUUGUUGUUUAUUAAGAAGAAACACGAAGGAAAAACGUGCACAAAGAGACAGAAAGAGCGCGCUUGCCUUAAGGGGAUCCUCGUUUGUUUUAUCGAUGAAACAAACUAAUUUUUGUACAAUGUUUUCAUAUGUCAAUGUUGCUUUUACAGAUCUGGAAAUCCUUUUACAGAAUUGAAUUAAUUAUAGACAAUAACGCAACGCGGAAUGGAACGAUUUUGUAUAAAAAAAAACUAAAAAGUUUUCAAAAAGUUUUUGUUAUCAACUUCUAACGUUUGCUUAUAAGAAGGAUAAGAGUUUUAUACUUUGUACGUAUACAACUCUUGUACUUCUUAUAAGGAAACGAAUCGACGCUAGAAGUUAAUAAUAAGAAAAUUUCGGAAAAGUUUACGUUUUUUUUCAUUUGUAUUAAACAAGCUUCAUCCGCGAUGGGGCUUAUAUGAAAGUAGAGUACCCGCUUUUACUAAUCAGCCUAGGUGCUUCGAUAUUAGAGAAAACAUUGUAUGCGAAAAUGCGUGUAUAUGUAUGCGACAUUGAUGUAGUAGUAAACAUAAACACAUCGCUAUUACAUCAGUAUCGCAUGUAUACAUGCAUGUGCGCAAAUCGUCACGAAAACAGCGAUGCCGGGGAGUUCGGUUUCCCCCUCCCCCCCAGUAUAGGAUCCUCUUAACACUUAUUCUAGAGAUUAGAGAAACCGUUAUAUAUAGAAUAUAUCCUAUGCAUCAUUCGCUCUCCCUUUAAACUUCUUUUUCGUAAUUCUUUAUUCCCCCUCGUUUUCUCAUCCUCCUUUCGCAACUGUUCAUUUUCUCGUUUCAUUUUUAUAACAUAUUAAAAUUUCGCUGCAAUAAAAUAUAUUUGAGAUUAUGCAAGGAUUAAGAUAUAUUAUUGUGUAUUUUUAUUCCUUGAAGCUUUGGAAUCCUUUCAAUUACGUGUAUCUUCGUUCUUUAUCCGGGAGCAAUAUUAAACAGAGAAAGUGUGCAAUGUGAUUAGGGAAUUAGUUACUCGAAAUUUUAUUGACGAGUAACCUGAUGAACUAUAUAUGUACAUGUAUUCGCUGCAGAGUGGAGCAUAUUUUUAUAUAUUAAUUACAAUAUAACAAUUUUGUAUAGAUUUAAUAAAUAAAAGUAUUUUAUAUAAAUUCCAAUACCAAUUGGAAUAGCUAUUUUUGUCAAAAUAUAUUUGCGAUAAUAAAGAAAACAUUUAAAAAUGAAAA